CACUCCUUGUUGACGACAUGAUGGAGACAACUACACUACGCAAGGAGGAGGAGGAGAGCUCCCUGCAAGAAGACGAAAACGGAGCCGGGUUCCAGGGUCUUUAUCGCUCCGUGCAGAAUGAACAGGUCGAGCCAAUCGAGGCUAAAGUAACAGGAACGAUACCAGAUUGGGUAGAGGGAAGUCUACUACGCAAUGGUCCCGGGAAAUUUGAAGUUGGCGAAGAUGAAUACCAGCAUUGGUUCGAUGGACUAGCCAUGAUGCUUCGGUUCAACAUUCAUAAAGGAAAAGUGACAUUCCAGAGCCGAUUUCUUCGCAGUGACUCAUACAUCAAGGCCAUGGAGCAGAACCGGAUCGUCAUGUCCGAGUUCGGCACCGUGGCACACCCGGACCCAUGCCAGAGCUAUCUCGGUCGGUUCCUCUCCGUCUUCGUACCCAGGACCUUCACCGAUAACUGCAACAUCAGCUGGAUGCAAUACGGGGAUGAGUUCUAUACCGUGACGGAUGGGACUCUCAUGAGGAAGGUGGACCACAAGACGCUCGAGACAAUGGAUAAGGUUGACAUUGCGGACCGGAUCGUAAUACAUUCCUCCACAUCGCAUCCACACACUGCUCCAGACGGGACGGUGUACAGUCUAGGCUCGCGGUUCUCUCUUCAGUGUACUUACAACAUCGUGAAGAUACCUCCCCAUGAUCCAGAGAUACAGUGUGAUCCUUUGUGUAAUGCAUCCAUCCUGUGUGCGAUCCCUACGUCUGGAAUCUACCCUUCGUUCUACCACAGCUUCGCCAUCACCGAAAACUACGUCAUCUUUGUCGAGCAGUCGGCGGUUAUCAACCUACUUAAAGUUCUCUAUGCCCAGAUAUUCUCCAAAAGUUACAUGAUGGGGUUGGAAUUUCGAAAGGAACAACCCGCGAGAUUCCACGUGGUGAGACGAGAAACGGGGGAGCGGCUACUGGACAUCUACACAUCGGACGCAUUCUUGAGUUUUCACCACAUCAAUGCGUACGAAGAGGCGGGGCAUCUUGUGAUUGACAUGUGCGUGUACGAGGACGGCACCAUCGUCAGUUCCAUCAAUUUGAAAGACCUGAAAAAGGGCGUGGUGCCAGAGCGAUUUGGGGAGGCAAGACGGUUUCUGUUCCCAGUGGACGAGGAGCAAGUUAAGCAUUACCGGGAAGGAAUGAACUCGUCGGACUUUCUUCCGCACUUCACCGGCCGUACAGUGCUGAAAAACGACGGUACAAUCCAUUGCACUCCUGCGGUCAUAUCAGACAGAAAUGCCGAGUUUCCACGCAUCAACUAUGAUAAAUACAACGGGAAGCCCUACCGUUACUUCUACUGCAACGGCGGGGAAUUGAACCAAAUGAUCCAAAAAGUCGACACAAAAACCGUUACAUCUAAAGGAUGGUUUGAGAAAGGAUGUUUUCCCUCCGAGCCUAUGUUUGUCAGCGCCCCUGAUUCUACCGACGAAGAUGAUGGAGUCGUCUUGUCUUCUGUUGUAAGUGUCCGGGAGGACAGACCCUCGUUCCUUCUCGUUCUUGACGCGAGAGAUUUCACCGAGAUAGCCAGGGCCGAAGUUGAUGCCGAAGUUGCUUACGGGCUGCACGGGUUAUUCGUUCGCGAAUAAUAAAGCAGAAGCUCUUCAAAGGAUAUCCUGAGGAUUAUCUGACGUCACACUUCGAGGCUCGUGAAUGGCACCAGAGAUCUGCCUUGAGCUUGUACGUAAAUCCCCCUCCAUAAUCACCUUUGACCUUCCAUUCAUUUCACAUGGAGACUCGCAGUCGAGUCAUACGUACAUAUAAAUGCACACUGCUACAUGCGGACGACCGAACGUUCAGCUGCUGCCAAACGGACGAAUCAAAGCCACAGGUAUUCGUCACUGCACAUUUUACCCAAUGCAAUCAUUGUAUCAAAUGAAACCACUAGUUAUGUUAGACCGUGAUACGUGUUUUUUUAAAGACAGGGGACCAGACUACUCGAAGGAUUGUUCUGCAUCUGCUGAAACAAACACUUCUACAGUUGCUUGGUGUGAGUAGUGCAAGCAGAACUAUAAUGGGCAAGAAGUUAUUCAUUUCUUUGAUGUUUUUUGUUUUUGUUUUGUAGUUUCUAGUUCCAUUCGGUUUCUGUUCUAAGAUAAAAUGAGAACUUGUAGCAGUAAUAUAGGUCGAAACCUUUCGACACAUUCAUUAAGUAAACCAUUGGUAGAAUAUACUAAGCUGUUGCAAACUCCUAUUACCAACCGUUCGAACAGAAAGAGCUGAAAUAGAUCGGGUGGAACCAUGAGUUAACCCGACUUUUUAGUAGUACUGCGAGUUCAUUUGAAAAUUGCUUAGGUCUAAUAGAUAACGAGUGAAAAAUUUAUAGAAGCGCAAAAACUGAAUUUGAUAACCUUUUUAUAAAACAGAGUACCAGAGUUUACAAAACCCUAAAAGUCCGCUUAUUAUACAAAUUAUAGCUGAAUAUACUAAAGUAGAUAGCAUUAUUACAUAUAAUACUAAUUUACUGUCAAGAUUGCAGCGUUGGCUAUAAGCAUUUCCUUUGAUUUCCACGGAAUGUCUAAAGUAAAACUGUACAAUAGACAGAUAAGCAACAUUUGUAAGAAUCCCUGGGUUAAGACCCGGUCACACAGGCAUCGGUAACGAGAAUGAAAACGAGAACGUUAAAAAUGCACACCCGCCAUUGGUUGAAUAAGCAGGGGCGUAUUCUGCGUGGAGCAACUCAACCAAUAGAAUGCGAUCUCUUUGCGUUGUUAUCGUUAUCGCUGCAGUGUGACUCGGCCUUCAGACUCUCGUUUAUUUAUUAGUUACUUUUGUAAGCUGUUAAUUUCCUUGUCAUUCACGAUAUUGUACCAUGACGUCAUCGAAACUUCAAAAACGACGCAUAACCUUGACCGAGUGCCCAUCAGCCACGACGAGGUCACCGGUAGGGGUAAAGGUCAUGCCUAGAGGU